AUGCGCGUGGCCGAAGAUGAUGCCAUGCCGGUUCAUUCUCUGAGACCCAUUACUGCUGCUAACCAAAGAGUUAUUGACAACAUCGAAAACAUCCUAAGCGAUAUUAUCACUGCCAUUGAGGUGUCUUCCGACAGCAGUCCUGUCAUUACACUCAGACGGAUCUCCGCCAUCGUGCCUUACUUUGAUGAAGCAGAUCCGGCGUGCAUGAGGUGGCACGUGGAAGACCGCGAAGUACGAUAUCAUUUUCCCGGAAAGACAAAAGAGGAAGCAUGGAGGUUCGCCUGUGUUGGGCGGAUCUUGACAGAGAUAUACGGAGCGAUCAAGAACGGGAUGACUAUUGCCAAUGUGAGCAGGGAUAUCUACUACCACGAUCCGGACCUCUUCAAGCAACAAGAGACCGUGGAUCGGUACAUCGACGAUAUUGCUCACACAUUCCAGGUGACGAGGAGUGACUUGAACGUGGCAAGCAGCCCGAAGGGCCUCAUGAUCGGGCUUGUCACAGCCAACGACAAGAGUCACACUACCCUGGUUCCAGACGACCUCGCUACCGAGCACGGAUGUGCAGAUAUCUCACACCUGGAAUGGAUCUUGGUCGUCGAGAAAGAAGCUACAUUCAAAAGCCUGGCUGAGAGGGAAUACCAUCAGAGUCCAAUUGUUGGCCCGGGAUUGCUGGUCACAGCUAAGGGUUACCCCGACCUUUCCACUCGGCGAUUUCUACGCAUCAUUCUUGACCGCAGCAAAGGAGCUGUUCCGAUAUUUGGCCUUUUCGACUGGGAUCCAGACGGCAUCCAAAUCAUGAAAUGCUACCGGUACGGGUCGAGGGCGACGGCCCAGGAGUACCAUUGCAAUCUUCCGGAGAUGGAGUGGAUUGGCGUGAAGGCGGAGGAUGUGGUCGACUUGGGUGACAUCGACGACACGUCAAUGAUCUUAUCAAUGCGAGACCGGGCCCUGGCUCUUUCGAUGUUGACGAACAGGGAGUGGAGAGACAGGUCUGGAACUGUGUUGCCAGGCUUGGACAGGGGCUUGGAUGAGCUUCGUCGCAUGCUUAUGCUUAAUCGAAAAGCGGAGAUUCAGGUUCUUGACGAGGGGAGUCGCGGAACGGAACAUUGGCUGACAGCGCAUCUCAUUGAACAAUUGCUGGCUCACAAUGGUGGUGAUGACAUGUUGUUGGUCUGA